AUGAAAGCAUUAUUUGCCACAAUUUUUGGCUUUGCAACCGCUAGUUGGUUCAAUAGCGUAUCAUGUGCAACAGACUGCGCGGUGUCCUCCACUCGCCUUUCACAAAAUAAGUACUAUUCCUGUCCCUUGAUUAAUGUGUAUGAUGAAUCUCACGAUGCAAAGGUUUUUCGUUUUGCUCUUCCAGAAGCUGAUAUGUCUCUCAAUAUGGAAGUGGCUUCCUGCCUAUUACUCCAAUUUGUAGAUAAUGAUAAAAAAGAAGUGGUUCAGCCGUAUACACCCAUUUCUCGAACAGAUCAACUUGGCUAUUAUGAAAUAUUAGUAAAAAGGUCAGAAGAAUCCCCUAUGAGUAGUCAUCUAUUCUCUUUGAAAAAGGAGGAUACUAUCAAUAUGAAAGGUCCAUUUGUAACAAUGCUGAUCAAGCCAAAUCAGUACAAAUCUAUCGGUAUGAUUGCAAGCGAAGAUGGGAUUGCUCCCAUGUACCAUGUUGCACGCAAUCUUCUUAAAGAGACCAAGGACACUAAUGAAAUAUCUCUUAUUUACGCAAAUACGCGCAAAGAAGAUGUUCUUUUGGGUAAUGAAAUUAAUGAGCUAAUGGAGACCUACCCUAGUUUUUCACCGUACUUUGUCCUUAAGGACGCUCCUUUACGUUGGAUGGGUGGCAUUGGUGGUGUGAACAAGGAAAUGAUUAAAGCUAUUAUGCCUCCACCGAAUCGUGUAGAGGACUCCAUUAUUUUAGUAAGUGGGCCUCCAUCAUUUAUGAAGGAAAUUAGUGGUGAAAAUAAGUCAAAACAGCUGAAACCAGGACAGGGGGAACUUCAGGGACGUCUUAGAGAGCUAAGGUAUCCUCUUAAAAUGAUCUUCAAAUUUUAA